AUGGCCUCAACAAACAUCCUCAUCUAUCUGUUGCGCCACGACCUGCGCAUUGCGGACAACCCCAUCUUUCAUCACCUCGCAACCACUUCAGAUCACGGCUUCACGCACGUUCUACCCGUCUACAUCUUCCCCGCCCAUCAAAUCGAAAUCUCGGGUCUCAUUCGAGAUGGAAGCAAGUCCCCGUACCCCGAAGCUCGUAGCGAGAUAGGGAAUUUCUGGAGAUGUGGACCCCACCGCACCAAGUUCAUCGCCCACGCUGUUUGGGAUGUUAAGAAGUCAUUGGAGGAAGUUGGGAGUGGCCUGUGUCUGAGGGCAGGCAUGUUUGGCGAUGUUAUCAACGCUCUUCUUCAAGGAUUUGCCGACAAGAAGCAAAAGGUCGGCGCUGUAUGGAUGACAGCCGAAGAGGCUGUCGAGGAGAAAAAAGAUGAAAAGGCGGUGUCCUCGGCUUGUUCGAAGCACGGUGCUAGCUUCAAGACUUGGUUGGACGAGAAAUACUUCAUCGACGAUCGCGACCUUGGCUUGAAAAGUCCAGGAGACCUGGAUAACGUGUUUACCGCAUUCCGCAAGACCCAAGAGCCUUUGCGCGAAAAGCCGCGGCCUACGUUGGCGAGACCCCAGAAGGGCUCACUCCCACCCCUCCCCGACCAAUCCUCCAUCCCUGCCCAGCGGUCACCAUUCGAGAUACCCUCCAAGUACGACGAGCUGGAGUCAGCCUUGCUGAAACCUCUUACGAAUCCGUUCACAUACGAGCCAAAGUUUCCGGAGCAGACCAAGUCUGUCCACCCCUUCAGCGGUGGUGAAGCCGAAGCUCUUAAGCGCCUUAACCACCUUGUCACAUCAGGAUCCAUGUCAAAUUACAAAGAUACACGCAACGGACUCCUUGGCGUCGACUUCAGCACCAAGCUGUCAGCGUAUCUUGCGUUCGGGUGCUUGACGUCCAGGCAGAUCCACGAGGCCCUUCUUCAGUUCGAAGACGGCAAGAACCAAGAAUUCAAGGAUGCUCCGGGAUACGGCAAGGGAGAAAAUGAAGGCACCAAGGCGGUUCGAUUUGAACUUCUUUGGAGGGACUACAUGCGACUCUGCACAAGAAAGUUCGGGGAGAAGCUUUUCCGUGUCACCGGUUUCAAGGAGGACAAAACGCCGAAGUGGAAGACGGCCAACGCGGAUCAUGUCAUCACAGACGACAAUCUCGGUGCAUCUGUCGACGACAUCCAGAAGACACUGCAGAGAUUCCUUGAGGGCACGACUGGUAUGGGCCUCAUCGACGCAUCCCAAUUGGAGCUGCUGCACACAGGGUACACAUCCAACAGAGCGCGACAGAACGUUGCGUCGUUCCUGACAAAGCAUCUGGGCAUUGACUGGCGUUACGGCGCCGAGUGGUACGAGUACCUCUUGGUGGACUACGAUGUGAGCUCAAACUGGUCCAACUGGCAGUACGUUGCUGGCGUGGGCAACGACCCGAGGGGGGAUAACAGAAUCUUCAAUCCUGUGAAGCAAGCAUUCGAUUACGACAAAGAGGGAGAAUACGUCAAGGCCUGGGUGGUCGAGACUCGUGGUCUCGAGAAGUUGGAAAAUGUUUUCCAGCUCUGGACUACAUCUCAAGAGGACUUGGAUCGCCUCGGCCUCGCCAACAACAAGAUGGUUACUGAGCCUGUGAAGAAAAUCGACUUUUCAGUUGAAGGCAAGCCUAAGAAUGGUCGUCGACCGUACAACAACCGUCGACGGGGAAGGGGAAACCCCAGCCAAGGCAACGGCGGGAAUGGAGGACCUCGUGGCCCGCCAGGCGCUGCUCCCAACGGCGGCUAUACUUCACCGACAGGGUCGUCUACCCACGGCGGCAAUCAGCAGUCAUCGCGCCAAUCACCACCGGAUGGCCCUCAGGGGUAUAGGCCUAACGGCAACUAUCGAGGCGGUUACCGCGGUGGACGCGGUCGCGGAGGUGGAGGAGGCGGCUACCGUGGAAGUAGAGGCGGUUUUGGAGGUCGGGGUGGAGGGGGCUUCAACAACCCCUAUUACAUGCAGCAUGGUCAACAUCCUCAAUGGGCCACUCCUAACACCGCCGCGCAGACCUAG